AAGCUGGAACCCACCCAAGCAAUGGCUUCAGAAAGAAAAUAGACAAGUAUGGGGACUGCCAGAAGAUCUUCACGUGCAGAAGCAGCCUGAUCUGUCACCAGCAGGUCCACCUGGGAGAGAAGCCCUUCAAGUACCCAGAAUGUGGGAAGAGCUUUGUCAACAGCACGAGCCUCCAGCAGCAAGAGAUGACACACACCAAGGAGACACCCUUUCUCUGCACCACGU